GAUCCAAGUUCCUUUUUUUUUUCUCAAGUCUCAAUUCUCUGAACUCUGAAACAAAAAAUGGCGAACUUUUGGGUUCUUCUUCUCGUUGUCCUCUGCAGCUUCCACAGUUGCCUGAGCGCCUCCACCCCCACGAACUUCAUAAAGUCGUCGUGCAGCGCCACCCAGUACCCCGCCCUCUGCGUGGAGUCGCUGUCGGUGUACGCCGCCGCCAUCCAGCAGGACCCUCACCAGCUGGUGCAGACGGCGCUCUCCCUGGCCCUCAACCGGACCGAGUCGACGAAAAGCUUCGUGGCGAAGUGCAACAAGUUCAGGGGUCUGAAGCCGCGGGAGUACGCCGCCCUCAAAGACUGCGCCGAGGAGAUCAGCGACAGCGUGGACCGGCUGUCGCGGUCGCUGAAGGAGCUGAAGCUCUGCAAGGUGAGCGGCGAGGACUUCGCCUGGCACAUCAGCAACGUGGAGACGUGGGUCAGCUCUGCGCUCACCGACGAGAGCACGUGCGGCGACGGCUUCGCCGGAAAGGCGCUCGGCGGAAAGAUCAAAGACGCCAUCAGGGGCAGAAUGGUGAAUGUCGCUCAGGUCACCAGCAAUGCCCUCUCUCUCAUCAACCAGUAUGCUGCCAAACACUAGAACAACUUUUUUUUUUUGUCUUUUUUUUAUCCUCUUUUUGUUCUGAAAAAAAAAAAAACAUGAAAAACCGUUCUGUGUGGUGUGCUUGGUCGGUUGUUUUUUUUUUUUUUUGUGUUUCAUCGAUGUGUAUGUAAAAUCAAGUAUGUAAAAUCAAGUGAGCCAGAUAUAUGAAUUUUGUUAUAACGGUGAUGCUUCAUCUUCUCAAAA